UACAUAGAUGAUAAUAAUAAUUAAUAAUAGUGAGAUAACAUCCGGAUCCGUCACACGGGCUAAUACACGAAUUACACAUUUACACGAUACAUAUUAUUAUAGAUGAUCGUUAUUUUAGUUAUUUGUUUGGUGAUAAUUACUAAUUUUUUUUUCUCGAUCACUCGUUUCCUGACCCGUAGGUGCGUUUUAACUGUCGUACGGGUUAAAAUUAAUGUACAUCAAUUGUUUUUUUGGUCAACUACCGAGCACCACGUCCGUCGUUGUUCUCUUCAAUCCCGUAGUGGGAAUAUCAACAACUGUUUCGGCACCCAUUCACACCAUAUCAUGUUAUAACGUUACAGAUACGUGUUCGCCGAGCCUAUAAUAUGGAGCUCUCCUACACGAUUCGACGGUUGGAUUUUGUAGUGGCGAAUACGUGAUAUGCUCUAUUCCCAGGAACUAGGUUUCUAGUAUUAUGUUGCAAGAUCCUUAUAUCAAUAUAUUUUUUAUUGUGCAAUUAUGACAACAAUCUUAUAAUCAAUCCUCAUAUUUUGACUGAUAUUUCGAGUACCUAUAUUUUAACAAGAAAAAACUAUAUUUGUAUUAAAAUUCAAAUAGCUGAGAAAUCAUCAAUCAAACAUGAUUUUGAAUAUUAUGGUGAAAAUAUUAUUGAUAUUUAAAUUAAAAACCAUCAUUUAGUUAUUAUAUGCUACUAUGAAAAAAAAUCGGUUUUUAGCAUUAGUUUUGUUCAGUAUAUUUAUAUGGCUUGGUAUUAAUCAUUUUUUACUCAAUGAUAACUUCAUUUCUAAACCCAAUAAUUAUCUUGAUGAAAAUUUGGAUGAUUUUGAGUUGCGUUUAAAAAUUGAAGUAGAAACACACAAUAUAAUACGUGAAAAUAUUAAACAGUUAAAUUAUUCAAGCCACGAAGAUAACUAUCAAUUUAAUGAACACAAUUUGUCAAAUUCAUCAAGUGUUGCUAUUUUAGUAAUUGCUUGUAAUCGUCCAUCUAUAUCAAGGUGUAUAAACAAAUUACUAAAAUAUCGUAAAUCAAAAGAUGAAUUUCCUAUUAUUGUGUCUCAAGACUGUAUUCAUGAAAGAACAUCACAAGUUAUAAAAAGUUUUGGCAGAGAGUUAAUUCAUAUACAUCAACCUGAUCAAAAAGAAAUUAAAGUGCCAUCUAAGGAAAAAAAAUUUAGUGGUUAUUUCAAAAUAUCAAGACACUAUAAAUGGGCACUUAAUCAAGUUUUUAACACAUAUAAUUAUGAAACUGCAAUAAUUGUUGAAGAUGACUUAGAUGUAGCUCCAGAUUUUUAUGAAUAUUUUAAAGCUACAUUACCAAUUCUUCAAAAAGAUGAAACUUUAUGGUGCGUUUCUGCUUGGAAUGAUAAUGGGAAAUUUGCAUUGAUUGAUAGAAAUGAUCCAAAGUUGUUAUAUCGGUCAGAUUUUUUCCCCGGUCUUGGAUGGAUGUUAACUCGUAAAAUAUGGAUAGAAUUAAUGCAUAAAUGGCCCCAUAGUUAUUGGGAUGAUUGGAUGAGACAUCCUGACCAAAGAAAGGGUAGGUCAUGUAUAAGACCUGAGUUAUCCAGAACAAAAACAUUUGGAAAAAUAGGUGUUAGCAAUGGACUUUUCUAUGAAAAACAUCUAAAAUAUAUAUACUUGAAUGAAUUACCAGUUGAUUUUACCAAAUUAAAUUUAACUUAUUUACUAAAAAAUGAAUAUGAUAACAAUUUUGUGGAAAUGGUGUAUAGAGCACCACUUGUUAGUAUUAAUGAACUCAAAAAUAAGCAAAUUAGUCACAAUGAUCCUGUGAGAAUCAUCUAUUAUACCAAGAAUAACUUGAAGUCGUUAACAAAACUAUUUGGUCUUAUGGAUGAUUUCAAAAGUGGUGUACCAAGAACUGCGUACAAAGGCAUAAUUAGUUUCACAUAUGAUAAUAGGAGAGUGUAUUUAGCUCCUGUUAAAGAAUGGCAUAAUUAUGAUCCGAGUUGGCAAUGAUGUACUAUCUUAUUGAUUAUAGUUUUAUACAUAAUGUAAAUAAAAUGUAAUAUUUUUAUUAUUCUCAUUUUAUUUUAAUUAUCAUUUAAACUCAAUAUAUCUACAUUACUAGCAUACAAAUGUAAAGGGUGUUUCAUAAAUAGCACAGUUUUUAAUUUUGAUAUAAAUCCAUUUAAUUUAAAAAAAAAAAAAGUAUUAACUAUUUUAUAUUUUGUUUUACUACUAUAAGUUGAGAAUCAAAUGUGAAAUACUAUAUCGAGCAUAUCACCCAUUUACAUAUUUGGCCUGAGGUUACUGAAGUAACUAUAAGUAGUUGUAGUUGUAAUUUUAAUCAUGUUUUCUCGACUUCAUCUAUCAAGUUCACUAAUGAUUCAUUAAAUUUCUUGUUUAAGCCGUAAGAUGUAUUAAAGUUUGCAGCAUGUUU